AUGGAUCAACAUCCACCAGUAUAUAUUAACUUAGAAGAGAGAGCUGAUGGUAUAGUUGCAAACCUUCACCGAAAGCUAGUAAAUGGAGGAAGAAGAGGAGUUAUUGACGAUGCUGAUGAUAUCUUAUCACCAUCACAAGAUGAUGAUGAUGAUGAUGAUCAUUACAUCAACACCAAUAAGAAAAAAGAUGACACAACCAGUAUGUUGUACUCACAAUUGAGAAGAUACUACAAUGAUGGAAACUUUAUUGAAAUCAUGUUCUUACUCCCUCAAAUAUCACAAUUAAAUAUUGUUCCUCCCAUUUUCCAUCUAAUCAUUGGUUGUACUAUGGUCCAUUUUGGUAGAUUAUCCAGUGCAUUCAGAGAAAUUGGAGUUGCCAUAUGCUUAGCACCCAAUGAAGCUGAUAAGAAGGAGUUCAUCAAGGUUCUAGCUUUCACUUAUGCUGAUUUGAACGAUAAAGAUUCAGCAAUGGGAUGUCUUGGUGAGAUAUUGGACAUUUCAAGAGCGAGCAUUUUGGGUACAAAACAAUUUGACGAAAUGAAGUUUGAAAUAAUCCAAUUGGAAAAGGAAUUGUUGCUCAAAUUGGAACAAGCCAAGUCCAUCAAGCAACCAGUUAAGGGGAAAAACAAAUCAUUUGAUGAUCAAGUAAUGGAUUUGAUAGCAUUGCAUAAAGUAUUUCCCAAAGAUUCAUUUACUGGCAAGUGUCAAAUCAUCAUUGGUAAAAUUAAUCAAGCGGAAAAGUUGUUGCAAACAUGGGAUAAGGAAAGGAAACCAUUGGUCAACAAGCAAAACCCAUUGAAAUUGUUGGUUGAGGCUAUUUUAGUUUUAGGACCUAGUAUUGCUUACUAUGGUAUGUUGAAAUUAGAACCCAUUUUGAACCAAUAUUUCGACUUUGUUCAGAUUCAAGCAAAUGCUAAUAAACCACACAAGACUAGAACCGUUUCUGCUUUCUUCUUAGGCGGAUUAACCCCACUUUCUUCGAGUGCACCAACUACACCAAAUGCAGAUGGUGAAAUAGCAGCUAAGCCAAAUGCUAGCUCCCUGAAUAAUGGAACUGUUUUCACUUUUCAAUUGAUAAAGAUCAUUAGAGGCUUCAUUGCCAUGUUGCGUCAUGAGUACAAGGAAGCUCAUGAACUUUUCCUUGAAGCAGAAGAUGCCAACUUUGAGUAUAACAAUCACGUUUUAAUUCUCAAAUACAUUUGUCAAUCAAAUGAGCCACAUCAACAUAGAAAAGAAUUAGAGUUGCUUGCUCAUAAGAUUUCCAAACUCCCAUUUGUUUCUACUUUUAAAUUCCACACUUUGGCUAAGAUUUAUCAGAAAUUGUACAUCUUGGAGCAGGCUAGCUUAUCUAGACAUAGACGAAGAGGUAUAUUGAAAACCACAUUGGAUCCCAAGUAUGACCAAUCGCUGUUGAAAUUUUACACAUCAGCCGCGGCAUAUGCACGAGAUGAUGAUUUAUAUGUGACACUGUACUAUGAUAAUAUUCUCAACUUCUUACUCGACUUGAAUAAGGAUUUUAGUGUUGAAGCAAAGGAAGAUAUUGUCCAUUUCUCCGCCUUGGUAUUCUUUUAUCAAGUUCGCAACUACUUUUGCUUGAAAUCAGAUUACAAUUAUGUUUAUAUUCCAGGCUUGGUUUGUGAUUGGCAAGAAAUCAAAACAAACACCAAGUUGAAGCUUAGAAUUAAACAGUUUUUGGAGGCUGAUAAUGGUGAUUCAGUCAUUGCAAGUACAACAACCACUGGUGUUGCUACCGCUGCUGCUAGUGCCGCAAAAUUACAUGAAGCUGCCACUAACAAAAAGUCUACUAAGCUGUUUGAUAUGAUUGGGUAUUGGGAGAAAGAAUACAUCAAGUUUAAAGGAACGGUGCCCGAUGCUAUCAAACAAUAUUUACGGAAAAAGUGA